GACCUCUUUCUAUUUUUAUCAUAUAAUUUCCUUUAUAAAGAAGGAGACAUUAAAUACUUUAUAUAUUCGAGUCUCUCCUGAACAUUGAACACCUGGACAUACACACAAUUGUAUUCCGCAUAUUUGCUAGAGAAAGAACUGUAGCAUAUUACUACUCUUCUGCAUUUUUAUGUAAGUCGUACAAUAUUCCAUUUCCCAUUUCCCAUUUCCAUUUCCAUUUUCAUUUCCAUCCCCUCCUCCCCCCUUCCCCUGACCGCAUAUGUAAAGGUACUGUAUACAAGAACUGCCUGCCGCAAUCCGCAAUACACACCAGUGAGAUGAAGGUCGAGACGGCUAUGAGUAGACAAAUUGGGAAAAAAGAAGUUGGGAUUAGAUUCAUUGGUUGGGAAGAGUGAAUUUAUGAAGAAAAGGAGAUUGAUGACUACUACCUAUCUACUGGCACCAUAGAAAAAGGAACUGGCCUCAGUUUAUCAAUCUCACCAUGAUAAAUUCAUUCGCUCGAUGAUCAACAAGCAACCAAACUACAGAGAAAGAACUUCUCACCUUUGAAAGUCCUACAAUCCAGAUUUGGAAAGUUUAUUUCAAUUCCGCACAUCCUACUUUUCUUUCGAAAUUCACUUCUGCUCAAAAGCUACAUUUCAUACGGUACAUCACUUAUAUCUCUCUAUCCUUCUAAACGAGAAACAUAACUACAUGUACCUACCUCCUUAGGUCCUGUACGGUCCUUUACGAAAUUCAGCUUCCAUACCAUAAAACCCUUUAACUUCCUCGACCUACGAUCUCCAACCUAAGCCCAAAGGAACGACUCUUUUAACUCAAUUCCUAUUCAACAGAAUUACAACUACAACCUAAUUGACUUCUUCUUCCUCUUCUUCUUCUAUUCAAAAUGGGUGUCAAAACAUUAAAGAUAGGCUCUGCGGCAGGCAAUCAUAGUGACCGCAAAUCUUCUAACAGUUCAACGACUUCAAAGAUUUCUAAUGAAUCUGCUAACCUCCCUGAACCAUUUCCUAGUCCUCGAAUUCCACCCCUUGGAAAGAAACGACUUGCCAACGUCCCUCCGUCCGAUUACAGCAAAAUGGUUCUCAACCAAGCCAGAGUUAAAUCCGUCUUGAGCGGUGACAGUCUUGUCCUUUCCUCAAUCGAAAAUCCUGAUCGCGAGCGCAUUUUGUCCCUAGCUUAUUGCACUUCGCCACAUCUGCGAAAGGAGGGCGAUGAACCGUUUGCUUUUGAGUCCCGCGACGCUUUGCGAAAAUUAGUAGUGGGCAAGGUGGUACAGUUUCAAGUAUUGUACCAGAUUCCAAAUACUAAGCGCGAAUACGGACUUGUCUUCCUCAACGAUGGAACUAAAUUACCCGAAGAAAUGAUAAAGGAAGGUUGGAUCAAAUUAAGAGAAGACGCGGGUCGAAAAGAAGACUCCGAAUCGGCUCUUCAACAACUCGAUGCAUUACGUUUGUACGAAGCUACCGCACGCAGCGAAGACAAGGGUUUAUGGCAAGCCAAUGGUGGACGUAUCGAGGUUCAACAUGACAUGGGCAAUUCCCAAAAUUUCUUGGAUACGUGGAAGGGAAAGACAGUCGAUGGUUUGGUCGAACGUGUAUUGAGCGGUGAUCGAAUGCUUGUGCGUUUGAUUGUUUCUCCCACACAGCAUAUCCAAGGUCAGCUUGCUGCAUUCAUGUGCUCAAAUGAUCAUGCUGAUAAUAUUUAGUUAUGACUUUGGUUGCUGGUAUCCGCGCACCAGCUACUGAGAGAGUUAACCCAUCGAAUGGACAAACUGCUCCUGCCGAACCGUUCGGAAACGAAGCAAGACAUUUCGUCGAGGAACGAUUAUUGCAAAGAAAUGUUAAAUUACAUAUCCUUGGACUCAGCCCGCAAAAUCAACUCAUCGCUUCAGUCAUACAUCCUAAAGGAACCAUUGCCAAAUUCAUCCUCGAAGCUGGACUUGCACGAUGCACCGAUUUUCACUCUACACUUCUUGGCUCAGACAUGGCGGCAUUACGUGAGGCUGAAAAGCGGGCACAACAUGCCAAGCUCGGCCUCUUCAAGGACCAUGUUGCAAAGAACAGUAGUUCAGGUGGAAGUCUUGAGGCAACAGUUACCAAGAUUUUCAGCGCCGAUCAAAUUUAUGUUCAGAACAAGGCCGGUGUUGAGAAGCGCAUAAACAUCAGUAGUAUCCGUGGACCUAGACCUACCGAGCCAUCUGAAUCCCCCUUCAGAGAUGAAGCCAAGGAAUUCCUUCGAAAACGCCUCAUUGGAAAGCAUGUCCGAAUUAGUAUUGAUGGGUCAAGACCGGGCACCGAAGAUUAUGAUGCAAAGGAAGUUGCCACGGUUACUCUUAAUGACAAGAAUCUUGGUUUGCAAUUAGUCCAGGAAGGUUGGGCCUCAGUAAUCCGCCAUCGCCGAGAUGACACCGACCGAGCUCCUAAUUAUGAUGAACUUUUGGCUGCGCAAGAGAAAGCUAAGGAAGAAAAGAAAGGAAUGUGGUCUGGAAAGGUUGCCAAGGCAAAGCAAUAUCUUGAUGCAUCCGAAACUGUCCAAAAGGCUAAAUUACAUGUUGGAACAUUACAACGACAAAAGAAAGUUCCAGCCAUUGUUGAUUUUGUCAAAAGCGGUGGUCGAUUUGUUGUACUCGUCCCUCGUGAAGGCAUCAAAUUAAACUUCGUUCUUGCUGGUAUUCGAGCUCCCAAAUCCGCGAGAAAUCCAAGCGAAAAGAGCGAACCAUUUGGUAAAGAAGCGCACGAUCUUGCUACGAGAAGACUAUCACAACGUGAUGUUGAAAUCGAUGUACAUAAUACCGAUAAAGUUGGUGGCUUCAUUGGCGAGCUUUAUAUAAAUAAGGAGAGCUUUGGUAAAAUUUUGGUUGAAGAAGGUUAUGCUACAGUUCAUCAACAUUCAGCCGAACAAUCCGGAAAUUCAAAGGAAUUAUUAGCAGCUGAGAAGCGUGCAAAGGAUGCUCGAAAGGGUAUCUGGGCAGAUUGGGAUCCAUCGUUAGAUGAAGAAGAGGAAGAAUACCCACCUGCCAACGAUGACAAUGACGAUGUCGCUCCGAUCAAGAGAGAAAAAGAUUACCGAGAUGUUGUUGUUACCGAAAUUGCUGAAGAUGGAAAGUUAAAACUUCAAAUCAUCGGCACUGGUACUUCGGCUCUUGAGACUUUGAUGACCCAAUUCAAAUCUUUCCAUCUGAACCCAUCCAACUCAGCUGGUCUCCCUGGUCCACCUAAGGCAGGUGAUUAUGUUGCAGCCAAGUUUACUGAGGAUGGUCAAUGGUACCGUGCUCGCAUACGCUCGAAUGAUCGUACUGCUAAGGAGGCAGAAGUUGUCUACAUCGAUUAUGGUAACGGCGAAAAGAUUCCCUGGUCACGUCUUCGACCACUUUCUCAACCACAAUUCUCAACUCAGAAGCUUCGUCCACAAGCUGUGGAUGCCAUUUUAACUCUUCUUCAAUUCCCUACAAAUAACGAUUACAUGAAGGAAGCAAUUGACUUUAUCACCCACAACACAGCUGGUAGAGAACUUGUUGCAAAUGUGGAUUAUACAGCUCCAGAUGGAACUUUAUAUGUCACUUUGUUCGAUGCUAAGAGUCAAAAUUUGACUGAUAGUAUCAAUAAUGAUGUUGUAGCUAUGGGUCUUAGCAUGGUUCCAACUAAGUUGAAGGGUUGGGAAAAGGGAUUUGCUGAUGUUAUUAAGAGUUUGACUCUCAGUCAAACUCAAGCUAGACAGAAUCGUCAGGGUAUGUGGGAAUAUGGUGAUGCUUAUGAAGAUUAAAUUGGUUGAUAGGAUCAAUAAUGGAAUCAACCAUACCAUCAGCUAGGUAUCGAAUUAUUACCUCUUUUUGCCGCCUUGAUGGAUUUCCUGAAUUCUUUUCUCUUUUUUUUUGUGUUCUGACGUUGCUUGGACGAUGAGUCGGUUAAAAUUCAUGGUUGACCUUUUGCAUGGCAUGGCAUGGGUUUACGUAGUAUAGCAUUGCAUAGCAUAGCAUACAUAACAUAGCAUAGUAUAGCAUGAUG